ACUUGAGGUGAGGUGACUUCCGGUUUUCGUGGUUGAAGAAGGAUGCGGCGAAUCGGCUCUUGAAAUUGGACACACCCCUUAAUUAAAUCAACUGGAGUAACAGAGGAAACGGAGACAAAAUGUCACAACGACGGGCGAAAAUUGAAGCAAAUACUGAGAACAAGCACCAGUUGAGUCGGGAAAUGCGACGAAAUAAACAUGGACUUUUUAUCCAACAGAUUGAGAAAGAAGCACAGGACCGCAUGAGGCACUUGGAGUCCAAACUGGACAGUCUGCUGGCAACAGUUGACAAAGUGUUUAAAGUGGAGCUGAUGAAAAUGCCUCCUUCUCUUCAAAAUACUCUCGUAGGGGAUCUGAUCAGCCAGGAGGACCCUUCAGCCAGUGAGGUGUCUAUAGCCAUUCAGAAUGAAUCCCGUGAAAUGGCUCAUCCCCUCAAGCGAGUCCCCAGGGGACCACUAAAAUCAACCGAUUCUCCGCCAGUGUUGUCCACCCCAGUCCAGAGGUCUUCUGCCAGGAAUCCAAAGGGUGGGAAAACAACGGGCAUAAAAAGAAAUAGAACUAUAGCUACCAGCAACAGCGCUGGAAACCUCAGGGCUUCUCUUGCGACGGUCAAACGAACCCAGAGCCAUCUGGCGAGUCGCAAAACUGCCGAUCAGCCAGAACAGAAACAGAAAACGCCUAAACUCAGGUCGGUUCUGUCUGCUGGUGAGCUGUCCGGUUCAGUGGCAGGGUCUGCAGCCUACAUCACCGUGACGACAGCGCAGGGACAGAUGUUGAUGUUUUCUGAAGAGACAAAGGAGAAAAUCAACUUGGAGUUGCUCGAUGAUGUGGCUUGGUGCCAGAUUCAGAAGCUUACGAGUCUGAUGGAGUAUUUAGCACAGCACAGUCACAUUCAGUGAUAUUUGACCUGGACCAGCCUGCUGGGCUUGACUUUUUUUUUUUUUUUAAUCUGCCGUCUGCACAGUCGACUAUAAUGUGUAAUAUUAAGAAAUAUAAAUGUCAUAGUUUGCUUUUUUAUCUAAUAAAGUUUACUGGUGAUACCGUA